UGUAAUCAGCUUAUCGCAUGAGAAGUAUUUUAAUGCAUCUUUAAACUGAAGCUUUCCCUAACAGGAUAAAAAGCUUACUUCAGUACUUUAAUUUGGUUAAUUUGUGUUUGACUUCUGCUAUUACUGCAACAGAAAAACAUGUAUGGCCCUGACAUUCUAAGAAGCGAAGAACCACCUGUAUAUCAAACCAAACCAAACCUUGGAUAUAAGGAUAUGAGCUAAACCUUUAUCUUAUAUCUUAUUUAAUGUCAAUUUGUUUUUAAUGUCAACAAUCCCUUGUUUGUCUUUCAACAGCAUCCGGUGGAAGGGAUUGGCAAAAGGAGUGUUGGGCUGGCACCAUGUGUGUGUGUGUGUGUGUGAAUGAUGCUGUUGUUUGGCCAUCUCUGCCUCUGCCCCUGCCUCUCUCUCUGCACAUUGGCCUCUGACAGAGCAGCAGCGACAGCCUCCAAGAGACAGAUAGAGAGGGAGAGACAUAGAUAGAUAGAAAGGGAUAGAGAGAGAGAGAGAGAGAGAGAGAGAGAAAGAGAGAAAGGGGUGGGUAACAUGUCAGUGAGCAGCGCGUCGCCUCAGAUCACGUAAAUGAUGUGUACACAUUUUGAGAGGGAUAACAGAUCUUUGAAGGAGUUCCUCUCGGCUGGAGUUAUAGUGUCUGCACUUCACUAAUUGGCCCGUGUUGUGUUGAGGUCUCCUGUCCGAGCCAACGCUCAUCAAGAGACAGGGGAGACGUGGGCAGCUGCAGGCGGAUAGUGAGCUAACCAGACUGCCCAGGACAAGACAGUGGAGCAGGGGAGACAAUCGGUACAGGACUAGAACCAGACAGCUGUCAGAGACUGCCCAGGACUAGACAGCGGAACAGGGUCGACGAACAGGGACAGGACCAGCACCAGAUAACCAAGUGCAGAAGUCGAACCGGGACAGGACCAUACGACUGUCCGUGACAGAACCAGAACUAGACAGUGGAACACGGGAGAGGAACCGGGACAGCACCAUACGACUGUCGAGGACAGAACCAGGACUGCAGGGGAGUGUGGGAGAGGACCGGAGCAGGAAUAGACGGGACGGCGCUGGACAGCAGCGAAAUGGAUCUCAGAUCUCAGCUUCUGGAGCUGCUGGGUCUGUUCUUCAUCAUUCUGGCCUGGCUGUGCUCGCUGACCACCACACUCAUGUCGCAGUGGCUGACCCUCGCCACAGAGCUGCUUCCCGCCGAGAGCUACGAACUGGGCCUGUGGGAGACGUGCGUGGUGCAGGAGCUGGGCGUCAUCGAGUGCAGCCCCUACGACAGCCUCCUGGGCCUGCCGCCGGACAUCCGGCUCGCCCGCAUCCUCAUGGGUGCCUCCCUGUCCACGGGGCUCCUGGCACUGGCGCUCGCCGUUCCCGGCAUGUACGUGGUGAACAGCUGCAAGGGCACGGAGACGCUGCGCGCCAAGCGGGUGCUGAAGAUGCUCGGCGGUGCCCUCUCCCUGACCACGGCGGUCCUGGGCCUCAUCCCCGUCUCGUACGUCGCCCACCUGACGGUGCAGCGCUUCUUCGACGAGUCCGUGCCGGAGGUGGUGCCACGCUGGGAGUUCGGCCAGGCGCUGUUCUGGGGCUGGGGCGCAGGGCUGCUGCACCUGGUGGCCGGUCUGCUCCUGGUCAGCUCCUGCAUGUGUCUACAGGACGAGACCUGCCCCGCCGCAGGGGCCAUUCCCCUGCAGAGACACACGAUGACACACCCAGAGGUCAACCACAAAUUAGGAAAACGCACAGGUUACGUGUGAGCAAUGUGAAGCGUACCUCUGCAAAUAUACUACAUGGACCAGAGUUAGAUUUUUUCAUCCACUAACCAAAAGUCAGAUAUUUUUGGCUGGAACUGUUUUAUGGUGACAGAUAUAUGGCCAUAAGAUCUUGUUUGUACUUGAUGGGAUGCUGCUAUAUUCUUCAUUUUGGUUUUAUUCAAUCAUCAAGGUAAUGUCAAUUUCAAUGUUCUUGUUUUACAUUUAGGGUCAGAUUUCUCAUACAUUUUUAUUUCUAUGUACAUUUUUCUUAAGUGACGUCAUACAUAUCAUCCAAAGAUUCCUUUGACAUAUUUGAUCAGAAUCUGAAUUUAAACAAACAAAUACAUUUAAAGAUUGAAAUGUGCAAGCCGUGCCAGUGCAUUGAAUGCAUGCAUGAAAAUAAUAAUUUAUAAAACAUCAAUAAGACCAAUAAGGUUGUUCUUGUUAUGGUCCUCUUUACAUAAAGGAAUGUUUAUCUAAUAACACUGACUUUUAAAUUUAAAUUGACCCAAAUUAAGGUGGACAGUAGAGACAACAACAUGUGUGGAAGUAUCAGUCAGAACAUCUGACAUUGUAUAAAGUUGUUUUUGUUUAUUAUUACCAAAGAAUAUUGGUUAUUAAUCAAAAGUAAUUACAGUGUAAAAGUUAUACUGCAUGCUUGUUUCAUGUGUAUGUAUUUAUGUGCAAUGUACAAAAGCAAGGCUAAAAUGUGUAAAGCUCUAUACAGGGCCAAUUCUGAACAAAGUUUUCUGUAUAUCCACUUCUUCUUCCAAGAAUAUUAUUUGGAAGUUAUUCAGAGCAAUUGAACACACACACAGUUUGUAAGUUUGAACAUUUUUUUCUAUUUUAAUUUCAGGAUCUCCUAGAAUUCACAGAGAAAAUCACCUAAGUUCAUACAGUUAUUGUUGCUUGACAGUUUUGUAGGUAACAAUCUUAAAGUGUAUCGUUCAUGACACACCAAAAUACAUCUUACUUAGGAAAAAUAUUUAUGUUGAUUGUGCAUUGACUAUGCCAUGAACAUAUCAGAAAAUAUAUUUAAAU